AUGGCUCUCGUUCUACAAGCUUAUACAUUCGCCCAGCAAUAUGUCAACUCAUGCUUGCACCCUACGCCGACAAAAAGCCCCAUGGCUUUGAGGCUUGGAGUGAUUUCAAGCGCCCAAAUUAAUGCUGCCGCCGUCAUUCACCCGGUCGAAACUCACCCAGACGUCAUUUUAUACUCGAUUGCCUCUCGAGACGUGCAGGUCGCGCAACAAGCGGCUAAAAAAUACAACUUCAGAAAGGCCGUUGGCUCGUACCAGGAGCUUCUCGACGAUCCCGACGUGGACAUCGUGUACAUAUCCACACCAAAUGGGCUACAUUACGAGUGGUCUGCGAAAGCGCUUCGGGCUGGUAAACAUGUCUUGUGCGAGAAGCCAUUUACCUCCAAUGCAGAGGAGGCUCGAAAAUUAGUUGGGUUGGCAAAGGAGAAGAACUUGAUUUGUGAAGAAGCGUUCCAUUGGCAGUUUCAUCCAGCAGCACACUUGUUUAGACAAAUCCUCGAGUCUGGUCAAUACGGACGGAUUCUGCGAACGGAUGCGAUAAUGACGGCAAGUCCAGGUGUACCGGAUGGAGAUAUCCGAUGGCAGUUUGAACUGGCUGGUGGCUCGAUGAUGGACAUGACUUAUGCUCUCUCCUUCACACGCUAUGCUCUUCGCGAUGCCAAAUUAAAAGAUAUCCAGACUGCCACUGCACGGCCCUACAAACAAGAUAAGCGUGUCGACGAGGCCAUGCAUUCCUUACUUCUCUUCGAAGAUUCACGAGACAGCCAUCUAAUCCAAAGUCGGGUAUAUACCGACAUGUCAAGAAAAUGGAUCAUUAACAAAAUUGUUCCGCGCAUGUGGGAGCUGCCUUCUAUCGAAGUCGAGACAGAUAAAGCCAUCAUCUAUUUUUACAAUGCAAUGAUGCCACAUCUGUACCACUAUAUUGCCAUUAGUGAUAAAAUGACCGGGAAGACCGAGUAUAAGAAGCAAUACGACGGUGGGCCGUGCUGGGGCGAAGCCUGGACAACCGGCGGCAAGGGAGGCAAAAGUUAUUGGAGUACCUACCGGUAUCAGCUGGAGGCUUUUACGCACAAGGUCAGAGGUAAAGACGUACCGUAUUGGAUUCCGGGAGAGGAGAGUAUCGCGCAGAUGGAAGUGAUUGAUGCGAUUUACCAGGCGGCUGGGCUUCCAGUAAGACCGUCUAUCUCGACAAAAGCAUAG